GGAAUUGGGCUGGGCGGUCACGUGGCGCGGCUCCACCGGUGUCACGUGACAGCGGCCGGGCGAUCCCGGGCGGCGUGACCGGAGCGGACGCCCUUCUCCGAUGCGGGGUCCCCUCCUGGCGGCCGCUGGCGGGGCCAUGGGGGGCGCGGGGGGGCCCCUGGCCCGCACCAUCCGCGCCAAGCUGACGGCGGCCCUGCAGCCCACGCACCUGGAGGUGCGGGACGACUCCCCCCGCCACGGGGGCCCCCCCGGCGCCGAGACGCACUUCGGGGUGCUGGUGGUGAGCGGGCGCUUCGCGGGGCUGCCGCCGCUGCAGCGGCACCGGCUGGUGCACGAGGCGCUGCGGGCCGAGCUGGCCGGGCCCCUGCACGCCCUGCAGGUCACCGCCCGCACCCCCGAGCAGUGGCGGAGCGACCCCCGCGUCCCCUCCGCGCCCCCGUGCCUGGGGGGCUCCAAGCGGGAGCAGCAGUGACGGAGCCCCCGGAGCCCCGCCAGGGAGAGCACCGGGACCCCCGGUGUCAGCAAUCAGACCGAGCCUGGAUUUCGGAGGGGAAAAAAGGAAUGGGGGGCCACACCCCCCCCCCCCCCCAAUCGAGCUCUGCCUCGACCCUCCCACCCCGGCAUGGACCCACCCAACCAUCCCCCCGCAGCUCCCACCCUCGGGGGGAUUUUUGGGGUGUCCCUCCCAUUUAAAUAAACGUGUUCUGGGGGC